AUGCUAAGGUUGGCUGCGACAACAAAGAUAGAGGGGACCAUGGGACGACAUGGAGUGGGUAUGAUCACCGACAACGGGGAGAGAGUAGUCAACUUCUGCCAACAGAAUGACUUGGUCAUAGAAGGGACCCUGUUUGCGCACAAGGAGAUCUACAAACUAACAUGGACUUCACUAGACGGCAGGAUCCAAAAGCAGAUCGAUCGCAUCAUCACCAAUGGUCGGUGGAGGCACUCUCUGCAGGACGUGCGUGUGAUGCGACAUGCAGACAUCGGCAGCGACCAUAGUCUUCUGGUGGCCAAGGUGACUUUGAAGCUCAGAAAAGCCAAGACAAGAGACAUCAAGAACCAACGCUACGAUGUGGUCAAGUUGAAAGACCCAAAAGUAAAAGAAGAGUUCAGGCUAACCCUCAGGAAUAGUUUUAAUAUUUUGGAAGAUGAGGCAGCACUGACCAUCGAGGGCUUCAACAGAGUAAUGAAAAAGACAGGAGAAGGAGAGGAAGUUCUAGGCUUCAGAAAGAGCAAGAAGACAGAAUGGAUCUCAGAAGAAACACUUAAGGAAAGAAUUUCAAAGGAAUAUAGUGAGAAAGACAAGGUGACAAGACAAGAAAUCAACAGAAGAGACAAGAGGAGGUAUAUAGAGAGGCUGGCAGAGGAGGCGGAGACAGCAGCCGAGCACAAUGACAUGAAGACAGUGUACCAGAACACAAAGAAGCUGAAGGGCGACUACGGCCAGCACCAUGACCAUCCCGUGAGAGCUGUAGACGGAACUCAUGUCACUUUGGAAGAGGAGAAGCUUAAGAGAUGGAAGCAACGCUUUGAGUCCAUCCUAAACAGCCCAGAUCCACCAACCCUAGCCAACAUUCCUGAAGCUGAAGAGGACCUUGACAUCAACCUCAACAACAUCACUGCAACGGAUGUCAAUGAGGCCAUCCAUAAGCUGAAGAAUGGGAAGGAGCCUGGCGACGAAGGAGUGUGCCCUGAGAUGCUAAAAGCAGAAGACACAGUGACGCCGCAGCUUCUUUGCCAGAUUCUUCAAAAGAUUUGGGAAAGUAAAGAAGCGCCAAGCGACUGGAAGACCGGCACCAUCGUCAAACUGCCCAAAAAGGAGACACGGGGAACUAUCCUUGAACAGUCCCAUGAAUGGAAUGGAUCCCUCUACGUGGUUUUUGUGGACUUCGAGAAGGCCCUCGAGAGCCUACACCGAGACUCUCUCUGGAAGAUUCUGCGACAUUAUGGCAUCCCUCAGAAACUUGUCAACGUCAUCAGGUCCCUGUACGAAAACUUUGAGUGCAGAGUCAUCCACAACAACCUGCUCACUGAACCAUUUCAGGUGGAAACUGGAGUGAAGCAAGGAUGUAUCCUCUCGCCGCUCCUCUUUUCAAUGGCAAUUGACUGGAUCAUGCGCCGCAACACAGAAGGACGGAGGCAAGGAAUACAGUGA